AAACCUUAAUAAGUGUCACACGACUAUCCGUUUGGCAUUGUUAAGCAAUCUUACAUUAGUAACUGAGAAAGCGAGUUACCUUUAUCGCUUAACCUACACAAAUCUUAGUAAUAACAGCCCCGCCCACCUUAGUACUACUGCGUCUCCUCCUCAGCAGUUUCUCCUCAGUCCUUGGCGCUCGCGCAUGUGCGCGUGAUCCCGGCGACACCUGUUGAGCCCGCUCCAGAAGAUCAGAUGGAUUUAACAGGUUAACAUGGCGAUCGAUCAGGAAAUAAAGCAAUUGAAUAUGUUGGUGUUUUAUCGCUAAUGAACGCCUGGGCUCGUGUUUAUUGUGUAACUGGAUGUGAAGUCUUGUUUUCUCGGCUCGUUUCAUGAGUAAUCUGUGCUGGAAUGCUACACUCAACCCAGUAACGAGGAAAUCACACAGAUGCAGAAGUUUAUAAUGGAUGACAGGACUCAAAGUGAUUCUAAUGUGAAAGUGGCUGUUCGGGUUCGACCCAUGAACAGGAGAGAACGAGAUUUAAAGACAAAAUGUGUUGUGGACAUGGAAGGAAACCAAACUGUGCUGCAGCCGGCCAGUGGAAACCUGGGAAAGGGUGACAGCAGGAGCAAACCAAAGGUCUUUGCGUAUGAUUAUUGCUUCUGGUCUAUAGAUGAAACUGAAGCCACCAAGUUUGCAGGUCAGGAUGUGGUGUUUCAGUGUCUUGGUGAGAGUCUUCUGGACAGCGCUUUCCAGGGAUAUAACGCCUGUAUAUUUGCGUACGGCCAAACAGGCUCAGGAAAGUCAUACACGAUGAUGGGAACAGCGGAUCAACCGGGUUUGAUUCCACGUCUUUGUAGUUCUCUGUUUGAACGUACAAUACAAGAGCAGCGGGAGGGCGAGAGCUUCACUGUCGAGGUCUCUUACAUGGAGAUUUAUAAUGAGAAGGUGCGAGACCUCCUAGAUCCUAAAGGGAGUCGACAGGCUUUAAGGGUCCGGGAGCAUAAUGUCCUGGGUCCGUAUGUGGACGGUCUGUCUCGUCUCGCUGUGACCAGCUUUAAGGACAUCGAUUCGCUGAUGUCGGAGGGGAAUAAAUCUCGCACUGUGGCGGCCACAAACAUGAAUGAGGAGAGCAGUCGCUCACACGCCGUCUUCAACAUCGUUCUUACUCACACGCUCACAGACCUGCAGACCGGGACGAGUGGAGAGAAGGUGAGUAAACUCAGUCUGGUGGAUCUGGCUGGUAGUGAGAGAGCAGAUAAAACCGCAGCGGCGGGAGAGAGACUCAAAGAAGGAAGCAACAUUAACAGAUCUCUCACGACACUCGGGUUGGUGAUCUCAGCUUUGGCAGAGCAGGGUGCUGGAAGAAACAAAAGUAAAUUUGUUCCCUACAGAGAUUCUGUGCUCACAUGGCUACUGAAGGACAGUUUAGGAGGAAACAGUCGUACAGCUAUGAUCGCCACGGUGAGCCCAGCGGCCGACAACUACGACGAGACGCUCUCGACGCUACGAUACGCCGACCGAGCCAAAAGCAUCGUCAAUCACGCUGUGGUCAACGAAGAUCCGAAUGCCAGGAUCAUCAGAGAGCUGAGAGAGGAGGUGGAGAAACUGCGCAGUCAGCUGACGGAGGCCGAGUCGAUGAAAGCUCCUGAGCUUAAAGAGAGACUCGAGGAGUCGGAGAAGUUAAUCCAGGAGAUGACCGUGAGCUGGGAAGAGAAACUCAGGAAAACGGAGGAGAUUGCACAGGAAAGACAAAAGCAAUUGGAAAGUUUGGGAAUUUCUCUGCAGUCAUCUGGGAUCCGAGUCAUAGAUGAUAGAUGUUUCCUGGUCAAUCUGAACGCUGACCCCGCUCUCAAUGAACUGCUUGUGUACUAUCUAAAGGAGCACACGCGUGUGGGAUCUGCAGACUCUCAGGACAUUCAGUUGUGUGGUUUGGCCAUUCAGCCUGAACAUUGUGUGAUAGACAUGAAGUUAGAGACAGGAGUAACACUUACACCCAUGAGAAACGCUCGUACGUGUGUAAACGGAGCUGUCGUCUCUUCCUCCGUUCAGUUAUAUCACGGUGAUCGAAUCCUCUGGGGUAACAACCACUUUUUCAGGAUGAGCAUGUCUAGUAUUUAUCGUGGUGAGGAGUCCGGUGUGAUGAAGACUCCUCUUAACCCUGAACCACUGGAUGUAGAUGUAGAUCAGAGCGAGGCCAGCUUCAGUUUUGAGUCUGCGCAGACGGAGGUCAUGAUGAAAGCUUUGGGAAACAAUGACCCCACGCAGUCAUUACUUCACUCCCUGGAGCGCAGACAUGAGGAAGAGAAGCGCUCGGCUCUUGAACGGCAGCGUCUGAUGUACGAGCAGGAACUGCAGCAGCUGCGCAAACGCCUGUCGUCAGAGCUGCAGCCGCAGGGUUCUCAUGCACAGCAUCACGGCAGCAGUGAACUCAACAUCAACUCAUCUGCUUUCACACCGAGCCGAAUUCAGCAGUGGAGUGAAGAGAGGGAGGCACUGAUGAGCCGGACUCUUCGUAAGCUGCGAGAUCAGAUUGUGAGGGCAAAUCUUCUGGUGCAGGAGGCCGGAUUCAUCGCUGAAGAGCUUAACAAGAAAACUGAAUACAGAGUCACUUUACAGAUACCUGCAGCCAACCUCAAUGCCAAUCGCAAGCGAGAUGCGGUUCUGAGCGAGCCUGCGGUCGAGGUGAGGAGGAAGGGUAAAGGUAAACAGAUCUGGGCCAUGGAGAAGAUGGAGAACCGACUGGUGGACAUGAGAGAACUUUACCAAGAGUGGAAAGACUUUGAUGAAGAUGACCCCGUCAUGCGCUCUUAUUUUAAGCGUGCAGAUCCGUUCUUCGACGAGCAGGAAAACCACAGUCUCAUCGGUGUUGCCAACGUCUUCCUCUCGUGCCUGCUGUACGACGUCAAGCUGAAGUAUGCGGUACCCAUCAUCAACCAGAAGGGGGAGGUCGCAGGUCGGCUUCAUGUUGAGGUGGAGCGUGUGAUUGGUGGGAUGGAUGAGCAUGAAACAGAGGGUGGAGACUUUGAAAGGAUGGCAGAUGAGAGCAAACUUACCUGCAUGAUGAAGGUCUUGCAGGCGACAGGGUUACCCCAGCAUCUCUCAAACUUUGUCUUCUGUCAGUAUCAUUUCUGGGAUCAUCCUGAAGCGGUGUUUAUAGCUCCAGAAGUGGACCUGUCUGCUGUCAGCAGUAAAGAGUCACAGAGUUUGGUGGUGUUCGAUAACUCCAAGAAACUGGAUGUGAAUAUAACCGAAGAUUUCCUGGAGUUUCUGACGGAUGGCGCUGUAGCUGUUGAGGUUUAUGGUCACAAGCAGGAAAAUCCUCGCAGGAAUCUGGCUCUCUGGGAUCUGGGGGUGAUUCAGUCAAAGAGUCGAUCUCUCAGAGAGAGGUGGAGUGAGGUGACACGCAGACUGGAGAUCUGGGUUCAGAUUCUGGAGCUGAAUGAUGUUGGAGAGUUUGUGCCAGUAGAAGUUCAGCCAGCCAAAGACGUCCGAACAGGAGGAAUCUUUCAGCUUAAACAGGGUCAGACGAGGCGUGUUCAGGUAGACGUGCGUUCAGUACAGGAUUCUGGCACAAUGCCGCUCAUCGUAGACUCUUUACUCAACAUCUCCAUUGGUAACGUGGAGGUCCAUCACAUCCGGCCUGCCAGAACCACAGAGACCCAAAGGGUGGGAGAUAAAGACACGGACAGUUAUCAGGAGGUGGAUCUGGAGAGACUCAGGGCGCAGUGGCUGGCGGCUCUAACCAAACGACAGGAAUAUCUGGACCAACGUCUCCAGGAACUCGUCGUGAAGCAGGAUAAAACAGAAGAGGAUGUGGAGAGCGAGUCUCAGCUCCUGGAGUGUCGACUGACGCUGACUGAGGAGAGAAACGCUGUGAUGGUGCCGUCUGCGGGCAGCGGGAUCCCUGGAGCUCCUGCAGAGUGGAUUCCUGCAACUGGAAUGGAGACUCAUAUCCCUGUGAUCUUUCUAAAUCUAAGUGCCGAUGAUCUGCACGAUCAUCUGUCGACUCCUCUAACUGGAGGUCUGGAUGCUGCGCUGAGCAGAGAGGACAGAGAUGAUUUUCUUGAUUUACAGAUAGUCAAACACUAUGAGAACGAGGUGAAGGCUGAAGCAUCAUGGGAUUGCACCGUUCACGAGACUCCCGAGUUGAGUCGAGCGGGUGGGCAGGAACAGCGAGUUUAUCUCACCGUCCGUACCAGCGUCCUGCUCAGUCACCCGGCACGCAUGCAGCUGAUCCUGCGCAAGCGCAUCUGCGUAAACGUCACCGCGCGACAGGGUUUUGCUCAAAGUCUCCUCAGGAGGAUUUCUCCUCGUAGCUCCAUGCACAGCUGUGGAGUCGCGUUUGAGAUCGUCUCAAAUAUUCCAGGGGAUAUGCAGAGAUUAGAGGACAGAGAGACUCUGGCGAGACUGGCGACCAGCGCUGAGACCUCAGGACCUCACAGUGAGGCUGCGAUUGAGAAAUACCUGAGGAGUGUUUUAGCUGUCGAGAACAUCAUCACGCUGGAGCGUCUCAGACAGGAGGUUGCUGUGAGGGAGCAUCUGACAGAUAAAGGAAAAAUCCCAAAACGCAUCAGUUCACCCAGUGUAAACAGAGGUGACGGUCGACAGGAUAUUUCUGUGUUGACAUCGUCCAUAAAGAGCUCCUCGCAUUCAGCAUCAUUUCACAAUCAAAGUCCUGAGUCAGGUCGUUCAGGAUUGGCUGCAUCUUAUCUUUCCCCAGUUAAAGCUCUCGUCUCUCCCGUGCCCAAGAUGUUCAAGUCCUUCUUAUCAAAGAAAGAGGAGAAGAAAGAUCUGACACCUCCUGCUGUCCUCCAGCGGAAUGUGCCACGUAUUAUUGUACAGUCUGUAAGUCUUGAGGAGCUCAGCGGUGGUCAGCUGAACACACCUGCAGAAGACGCUCAGUCAGUGUCCUAUGUCCCUAUAAUUACUGUCAUCCCUGACCUCACAUCAGACAAAUCUGAUGUUCCUUUAGAAACAACCACUGACAUCCAGACAGAUGUUUCUGUGGAGGAUCCAGAGGAGGUAAAAGUAGAGGAGGUAAAAGUAGAGGAGGUUCUGCCUCCAUCAGAUCCUUCAGAGGUCAAAGAAGUUCCUCAACUUUCUGUUCCUUCGGAGGAUGAAGAUGUUGUACCUCCAGAGUUUCCACCUUCAGAGGUUUCAGAAGAUCCCAAACAAAGUGCUGUUGGUGAAUCCUCAAACAGCCCCAUCAGUGACGUCUCCAGUGGUUACAUCUCCACAAGUGUCUCUACAGUGACUCUCUCUGAAUCAGUUGUCUUGGAAGAGGAAUCCUCUCUCAGUGUACAAAAUGAAACCGACCAAUCCGUUGAAGCUUCCAAAAAGAUUGAAGCAAUGACGAGCAGUGAGGUUCCUCCAGCGAAAAGCACAUCAUCAUCAGAGGAUCAGACGAAGCCUGAAUCUGCCAGACAAGAAUAUGAAGAAGAGACGUCCACAGGAUCCCCGAGAGAGCAUGGUCGGGUGUCUCCUCCAGUCGAAUGUCCUCAGACACUACCUGCUGAUGUUACACCUCAAGAAACCUCUGAAACCGAACCUCACACCGUUCCUUCACCGGACCAAACCAGAUCUUCAAGGACAGAAACCACAAAACCAUCAGCUGCAUCCAAAUCAUCGGUUCCUCCAGUACAGCAGGUGAAAACCAUCGAACCAUCUUCAUCCAGACCUGAGCAACACCUUACUGCCCCCACCAACAAUCCCUUUCAUAUCCAGAGAGUGAAGACCUCAGGCCUGAAGUCUUUCAAAGGCAUUCUGCACGAGGAACGUGAGGAGGCUGAGGAGAAAGACUGCGACUCUUCAUCAACAUUGAGUUUAUCUCAGGAGCGACUGGAGAUCUUGUCAGAUUCAGAGGAAGCUCUUGACACUCCGCUUCCUGAUUGGUUAAAGGAGGGGGAAUAUGUCACCGUAGGAACCAAUAAAAGCGGAACCAUCCGUUACGUUGGGCCGACUGACUUUGCGAAGGGUGUUUGGGUCGGCGUGGAGCUUGAUGUUCCAGCAGGUAAAAAUGACGGUUCGGUCGGUGGCCGUCACUAUUUCCACUGUAACCCCGGUUACGGCGUUCUCGUGAGACCGGAUCGAGUCACUAAAGCAACCGGUAGCGCUAAGAGAAAGAGACAGAAGCGUCAGCAGAACCUGUCAGGAUCGAGUCCAAACCUGGCGGCCCUCACAGCGUUGGCCAAAGGAGACGGCGGUGCGAGGAAGGGUGAGAACAGAAAGUCUUGGGUUAGCUGAAGACGCUUUAUUUGACAUCAGUGGAUUUACUGAUGUGAUGCAGUAUUGAGAUGAGUAUAAAUUCACACAUAUCAACACUACAGAGUGCCUACUACUACUGCUGUAAAUGAUCUGAGGUUUUAACAGUAUUUUGAUAUUAAUUUUAUCCUCUCGUUCUGAUCCCUGUUUUAGAGAAUAAGAGGUUUUUAAAUGUGUAAAAUAAGAUUGUUGACAACAUAAUGUUUCAAUGUUUAUAUUUGAUCAAAUUUUAUGCAAAAUGAUGUAAUUAUAUAAGGAUUGUAAACGUGAAGAUGGGUUGAACGCUUUGACUUUAAAGUGCCAGACGAGUGAUUUUAUUUUAAAAGUGUUAAUCUGGUGGUUUAGUUUUAUAUCCUGUCACGGUUUGGUACUUUUGUAUGUUUUUUUGUUUUUAAGUAAUUUAUGAUCACAUUUCUAUUUUAAUUUAUUUUUGCAGAGUUUAAUAGACAUGACAACCAUAAUAAUGUUGAGAAUUUCAUAUUGCAAUGUUGAAUUAAUAAACUCUUUACAAAUAUCA